CUGGACAGUGCGCGUCGCCAGCGGUUGAGCCGGCGGAGCUGUGGCCACCUUCGCCUAGGCUCAGGGAGCCGCUUCGCGCGGCCGAGCUGUCGCUCCUGUCCCCUGUUACCUCCAAAGUAACCUUCUGGCUACCUUAGAACUAAAAUUAAUACUAAUAACCUAGAAAAGUGAGCAGCACGUGAAGAUUCAGCAGAUAAUGUUAGUAUAGAGCCAGGCAAGCAAGAAAAGCCAAAUAAACGUUACUCAAAUCACACAGGAAAUGGAACCAGAAACUCCAGAAAAGGUGGAUUCUGCACAGGAGAAAGUCAGAGGCAAGUCCCAGCCAGCAGAUGAUUCAGAUGACGGCCGAGAAAAGGCUGGGAUAGAAGGGAAAGGAGAACUGACCGAAGCCUAUCAGCUGCAGGUAGCUGAAGAAAUGGCAAAGGAGAUCAAGAAGAAAAUAAGAAAGAAGCUAAAGGAGCAGCUAACCUACUUUCCUCCAGACACUCUAUUGCAUGACGACAAGCUGGGCAGUGAAAAAAGAAAGAAGAAGAAGAAGAAAGUCUCAGUGCCAGCUAAGCCUGAGACAAGUCCCUCAGAUGUUUGUGACAGUGCAGUUGAAGGUGAACAGAAGAAAGAAGGUGCCCCUGAAGGAUCUCACCCCAUGGAGGGAAUACACUCCACAGACCAGGAUGCGGAUGCCAGUGUGCCAGAGCACACAAAGCCCAAACCCAAAAAGACAAAGAAGAAGGCUAAAGCAGUUUCAGAGGAUAAUGAAGAGACUAAUGGAGAUGGUGUUCAUGAGAUAACAAGCCGAGACAGCCCAGUUCAUCCCAAGUGUUUGCUCGAUGAUGACCUUGUCAUGGGAGUCUACAUUCACCGUACUGAUCGGCUUAAAUCUGACUUCAUCAUUUCUCACCCAAUGGUGAAGAUCCAUGUGGUUGAUGAACACACUGGCCAGUACGUCAAGAAAGAUGACAGUGAGCGUCCUGUUUCAUCUUACUAUGAGAAAGACAGUGUGGACUAUAUCCUCCCUAUUAUGACGCAGCCAUAUGACUUUAAAAAGCUGAAGUCGAGGCUUCCGGAGUGGGAGGAGCAAGUUAUUUUUAAUGAAAAUUUUCCCUAUUUGCUUCGAGAGUUUGAUGAGUGUCCAAAAGUCAUUCUGUUCUUUGAGAUUCUUGACUUUUUAAGCAUGGAUGAAAUCAAGAAUAACUCUGAGGUUCAAAACCAAGAAUGUGGCUUUAGGAAAAUUGCCUGGGCAUUUCUUAAGCUUCUGGGAGCCAAUGGAAAUGCAAACAUCAACUCAAAACUUCGUCUGCAGCUCUACUACCCACCUACUAAGCCUCGAUCCCAGUUAAAUGUUGUUGAGGUGUUUGAAUGGUGGUCCAAGUGUCCAAGAAAUCGUUAUCCAUCAACCUUGUAUGUAACUGUACGAGGACUGAAAGUCCCGGACUGUAUAAGGCCGUCAUACCGCUCUAUGGUGGCUCUCCAGGAGGAAAGGGGCACACCAGUGUUCUGUGAACGCCACCGUGACACAAGUUCCGUGGACACAGAACCUGGACUAGAGGAUUCAAAGGAGGAAGUAAAGUGGAAGCGUCUGCCCGGCCAGGCCUGUCGUAUCCCAAACAAGCAUCUCUUCUCACUAAAUGCUGGAGAACGAGGGUGUUUUUGUCUUGAUUUCUCCCACAAUGGAAGGAUAUUGGCAGCAGCCUGUGCCAGCCGAGACGGAUAUCCGAUUAUAUUAUAUGAAAUUCCUUCUGGACGUUUCAUGAGAGAAUUGUGUGGCCACCUCAAUAUCAUUUAUGACAUCGACUGGUCAAAAGAUGACCGCUAUCUUGUUACUUCAUCCUCUGAUGGCACUGCCAGGGUUUGGAAGAAUGAAAUCAACAGCACAAACACGUUCAGAGUCUUACCUCACCCUUCCUUUGUCUACACGGCUAAAUUCCACCCAGCCACACGAGAGCUGGUGGUUACGGGAUGCUACGACUCUAUGAUACGAAUAUGGAAAAUUGAUGCAAGGGAGGAUGCUGCCAUAUUAGUGCGUCAGCUAGAUGUGCACAAGAGCUUUGUCAACUCCAUCUGCUUUGAUGAUGAAGGUCACCACAUGUACUCAGGAGACUGCAUCGGGGUUAUCGUUGUCUGGGACACAUAUGUCAAGGUGACUGACGUGCAGCACUCCGUGCGCCACUGGUCGAUAAAUAAGGAAAUUAAGGAAACUGAAUUCAGGGGAGUUCCAAUAAGUUACCUGGAGGUUCAUCCCAAUGGCAAGCGUUUAUUAAUCCACACCAAAGACAGUACACUGAGGAUCAUGGAUCUGCGGAUUUUGGCAGCCAGGAAAUUUGUGGGUGCAGCAAAUUACCGGGAGAAGAUUCACAGCACUUUGACACCGUGUGGGACUCUGCUUUUUUCUGGGAGUGAGGAUGGAAUAGUGUACGUUUGGAACCCAGAGACAGGAGAACAAGUGGCAAUGUAUUCUGACCUGCCAUUCAAGUCAACUAUUCGAGACAUCUCUUACCAUCCAUUGGAGAAUAUGGUUGCAUUUUGUGCCUUUGGACAGAGUGAGCCGAUUCUUCUUUAUAUUUAUGAUUUCCAGGUAGCCCAGCAGGAAGCCGAAAUGUUGAAACGCUAUAGUGGGACACUCCCGUUACCUGGGAUACAUCAGAGUGAGGAUGCUCUAUGCACCUGUCCUAAACUGCCCCAACAGGGCUCUUUUCAGAUUGAUGAAUUUGUCAACACCGAAAAUAAUUCAUCAAGAAAGAUUCAACUUGUGAAACAGAGACUCGAAACUGUCACAGAGGUGAUACGAUCCUGUGCUGCAAAAGUCAACAAAAACCUCUCAAUGACUUCACCACCACCAGGCCCUGCAAAGAAGCCAAGGGUGAAGCAGUCUUUCGUGCUGACCACUGAUGAGAUUAUACAUCAGUUUGGACUCCCUCAGACGGCAUUUAUCAGCAUAGAAAGAGGGCCUUUUGUGCGUCAUGUUGAUCCGCCACCAAUGGUAGUGGCUCUUUAUGACUACACAGCAAGCCGAUCAGAUGAACUAACCAUCCAUCGCGGAGACAUUAUCCGAGUGUUUUUCAAAGAUAAUGAAGACUGGUGGUACGGCAGCUUAGGAAAGGGGCAGGAAGGGUUCUUUCCAGCUAAUCAUGUGGCCAGUGAAACACUGUAUCGAGACUCGCCUCCAAAGGUAAAGGAGCGCUCCCCUCCUUUAACUCCCAAGGGGAAAACAAAAACAGGAAAGCCUCCAGCUUCUCAAAAGCAGUCGCUCAGUAAGGACAGGUCCCUGGAUUCCAGACUGGGCUCACAGUCUGUGGAGCACUCUGAGAAGGGCAAAGAUCAAAACUUCGAGGACCGAGGACACAAAGCGGAUACGGAGAUGAAGAAAAGUGAGCCGGUGGUCCGCAAAGUCACCCUGAUAGAGUAAAACGCUGGAAAAGAAAGAAGCAACAGCUGGACGAGCGCACGUGACAUGAAGUCCAUGCCAUGAGCGCUUCUCUCUAGAUUUUUGGGUGAAAAGAAGCAGUAUUUAUUGACCUUAUGAAAAACCUGAAGCAAAGUUAGCUCUACAAGAAAAAAAUCACUGUGGCCUUUGGGCUAAAUUGUUAUAAACCAUUUUGAGUGUUAUUGUUCAAAGUGUUGUACUUGUGCUAUUAGUAACCACAUCAAAAUUAUAGUGCUGCUGCUGCUGCUGCUGCUGCUGAAAAAGCCAAUAAAGAAAACCCCCGACUGCUACCCAGUAAAUGUGAGUAACUGUGUGCACAGUGUUAGUCAUUUUCUAAGUCAUCAUCCCAUGUGCCUGUGACCUAAACCAUCAUCUCGGGUGGCUAUGGCCAUGACGUGGCUGUGUCGUAAGCCAUCAUCUCAUGUGCCUGUGACCGUGAUACUCUGCUCAGAGUGCAGAGAAUCUACUUUUGAAGUUAACUGUGUGUAAAACCCAAGUAGCUUCUGGAUAUUGUAUAUUCAAACAGUCCCAGUAACAAAAGCAUUAAAAGAGACAGUUUGCUUUUAAGAACUAAAUGUUUAUGUUCCCCUUGAGUGAAUUAUAUGUGUAACUCAACACACCUAAACUAAAAAUGAUUUUGGCUGGACAGGCAAUGGUAUACCAAAUUUAUUUUUAUUUUUAAAACAGAGUUCAUAUUUAAGAGUAUAAGUAAUUUAUGGGUGUAAACUGUUUAAUGAUUAUUUUAGUCUGAAUUUUUGUUUUUAAAUUAUUACACAGCAUUAUUUAUGUCUUUAUUUCCAAAGUAGUAAUGCCAUUACCAUAGGUUGCAGUUGACUAUAACAGUGUAACUUCUCCAUCUUGGUUUUCUCUUGACUCUUCUCUUUCUUCAACUGCAUGAUAAGUCUGUCAGUAAAGCAUUUAACCCCAACAGGGUCAAACCUGUGGUAAAGUUACAAAAACUUAUUUACCGAAGCAGACAAUUGAUCUCAUUGAAAUAAGAAGUGAGAAACACUGUGUUGAGCACUGAGGUGUAAACGUGUCCAGAUGUACGCAUAGCUUCUAGUACAGAUGUAUUUGCCUCUUAUCCCUGCACAUGUUGUAGAAGCUUAAAAUGGUAAACAUGAUCCUGCCAUGCAGAACCUUUAUAGAAUUGUUGUUAUUACAAAAAGGAGGUUUUCAGCGCAUACAGGGUGGCACUAAAAACCGCUUAAGCCUACGGCCCUCAGCACCGAAGUCUCUUGUACCAGUGCCAGUGCCAUUAUUGUGGUUGUGUGUGUCCGUGCUUCCGGUGCACUUGGGCCAACAGCUGAGUCACUCUGAACUUGCUUCUUUUCUGUCUUGUGAGUGUACUGCUUAAGACAAUUAAAAAAUAAAGGUGUGUUCCUACCA